GGUAAGUUCUAAGAGAAAAAAUAAUGCCUCAAAAUGCCAAGAAAGAAUCAGGUACAUACGCUAGUGGAUCUAGCAUUAUAUUCUAUUGGAGAAUUUGUAAUUGCUUUUGGUAAAUACUUGAUAAAAUAUAUUUAUAUGAUUUCUAAAACUAAUCCAAUGUAUGGACAUAUUAAAUUACAAUCAAUGUUAAAAUUUAUGAAACAUUUAUUAAGUUAUAAUGUUCCUCAACAUUUAUAUGAUAAAAUGUUUAGAACAGUAUUAACUGCUGUUGUUAAUUUAAUUAAAGAAACUAAAAGUACAUAUAAUGAUUAUGCUUUAACUACAACUUUUUUGUCAGAAAUGACAGUUGUUCUUCAUUUAACAGAAGUAGUUAUAGAUACACAUUUAAAAAAAAUUGAAUUUUCUGUUUGGCCUAAGAUUAUGCGCCAUAUUCUUUAUACUAAAUUACCUGAUAUGAUUGGACUCGAAGUUUUAGAUUUAGGUUCAGGAUCAGCAGGUUGGAGAACAUCUGAUAUUGAAAAAAUUAUUAUUAAUGGCGUAACUGCUAUGCCAAAUUUAAUAUGUUUUAUCUUAUGUUUUGAUUGCACAGAUAAUAUUAUAGCAGCUUUAGCUCAAAACUGUAAAAAAUUACAAAAGUUAGAUGUAACUGCAUCUAGAUCAGUAACAGAACGCAGUGUUCAGUCUUUAUUGUCAUGCAAAUAUUUAAAACAAAUUAAAUUAUGUAAAACUUCUAUGACUAUAUCUGGUUAUGCAAAUCUUUUCCUAAAACAUUUAAAUAUUGAAGAUAUUGGUAGAUGUGAUGAAUUUGGAUAUGUUUUAGAACAUAUUCGUCAAAAAGAUAUUACAACUUCUUUUUAUAUAAGAAUAUUUGAAAGUCGAAAUUUCAAUAUGGAAUAUUUAUAUCUUUUAAUUGAUAUGUGUCCAUAUAUAACAAGUCUUUGUAUAUUAUGUGAUGAUAGAAUUAUGGAUUUUACAAUCUUAGCUGCUCUGAAUUAUUUAAAAGAAUUAAAACUUUUAUCUUGUGAUUUCUAUAUUCACGGAAUAAAAACACUAUUAGAAAUAAAAGGUACUACAAUUACAAGUCUACAUUUGGAACAUGUAGAUGGAAUUGACUUAAAUGCACUUAUAUCUAUAAGUCAAUAUUGUCCAGAUAUAAAAAAUCUAGUUUUUUACAAUUGUGAAUUCUUAGAGCAAGUACCAAUAUAUCCACAAUUUACAACCCCGCCAUUUCAAUAUUUAGAAAGAAUCAAAUGUGUUGUAGAAUGUACAAAUAUGCAUCUAGAGUUUUUACUUUCUCAUUGUAAAAACAUUAAAUUUAUUCAGUUGGGUUCAUCAACUGGUAUUGGAGAUGAAACAAUAAGAAAGAUAUUUUCACAAAAUUCAAUGUGUAAAUUAGAAGAGCUCAAAAUAUUAUAUAGCCAUGAUUUAUCAAUGAAUACUAUACAGUUAUUAAUGCAUUAUUGUGAUAAUUUAUAUCGUCUAUCAGAAUUAGAAAAUUGGCAAGGAAUAUCUCCUAUAGAAUUAAACAAUUUUAGAAAAGAGUUAAAAAAUACUAAUAUAAAUUUGGAUACAAGUCCGAGUUUAUCUUUUGCAUAAUAAACUUAAGUAAAAAUAAUAUAUUUUAUAUAUAUAUAUAUAUAUACAUACAUAUACAAUUUUUACGAAAAUAUAUAUUAUAUAACUAAAGCAAAUAAAAUGAUAUAUAAUUAUGUAAAAAUUAUGAAUAAUAUUGAUAUGUAUUUAAUAUAUUUAUUAAUUUUUAAUAAAAAAAAUAUUGAUUAUAAUUUUUAAUAA